GGCGGGCUUUCUAAUAUUAAUGGAAAACGUGGAGUCACGAAUUACUGAUAAAAAAUAUGUACUAGAUUCUCACUUAAAGCCCGAUGAGGCAGAGGAAGGAGAGGUCAACGAUUUGUCUGACCAAGAAGAUAAUGUCUCAGACUUUUCGAGUAAUAGCGGUUCAUCAAAGUCUUACAACAACCCAUCACCAAAGCAUGGAGAUGAGAGCUGUACGUCAGAAAUUUCACAAAACGGGGGAUCAUCACUUUCUACGCUAAAUAUACCAUCAGUACAUCAUAUCCGGUCCCAUAAAAGUAGACCUGUCAAAAUAUCGGAUACUCCCAAUGUGUCAAAGAAAACAAAUACAAGUCCUGCUAAUACCAAAUCAGAAGUUCGUGGUCAAACUUCGUCUCAUGAAAACCAAACAACUAAGUUGCAGUCUAUAGUCAAUUGUGGUAGGGCUUCAGAUCCACAAAUAUUGUCGGAGCAGGUUGAACCAUUUCAUACCUCAAUGUCUGUUAAGUCAACUAAACAUCUUCAGGGUCUACGGGACUUAGAAAAGGUGCAGCUACAGAUGCAACUAGAGGUUGCAACUAAUCAAAAUGAACAUAAUCAUACUUCUACUCCCUAUCCCAGUUCCUCUCAACAAGUACAUCAGAGUGUGUUUCCUGGUUUUGUCCCUGGUGGGACACCAAAACUAGCACGAAAUUCUGUGCAAAGGGUUGCUUCUGUUAAAGCCGUUUCCGAAAACAUUAAUGGUGAUAAUCGUUUUGGUUUGUCCGGCUCUUGGCAGGUAGCCAUUCCUCCUUCAUCUGCAUUAGGUUCUCAACAAGAAAUUGAAAAGAUGCAUAUGAUGUAUCAGAAAGCCUGUCAACUUUAUCAGCGUGCUGUAGCUACUAUUGGAUCAACACCUAAUGUCAGCAUCCAACCCCCACCUUUCGGCACUCCUAUUGGUUCUCCUCCUUCAAUAUCUCUCCAAUCAUUUCCACCGACUCUGAUGCCUGUUACUGCCGUUGAACGUCCAGCAUCUGUGUCUCCGUCCAAAUUCAUCCCGGCGUCUCAACUUCCUCAUGACGUUCUCAGAGAUGUACCUAAUCAAUGCAUUGGUCAAAAUCCUCAUAUACCGGCAAUUAUUCCUAAUCACGCACAGUCAGCUAGUAUACAGACUGCUUAUUCGAUGGCGUAUUCUUCCGCCUAUCAAGAGACUUUAAAGUUUAUGUCUAAUAAUACCGGGAGUAACUUAGCCCCUAAUACACAGGAAUACACAUCUCAGUGGCAUCGCUAUUUUAAUCACUAUCUGAAUUAUUAUUUACAAGUUCAUAAUUAUACACCUACGCUAUCUAGUGAACAACAACCAGUUUUCUUCCCUCCCACUGGAUUACCACCUCCCCCUAGCAUUGCAUCCUCUUGUGCCAAUGAUCUAGUUUUUCAAUCUAAGCGAGAUUUUCAUAACCAUCAUGACUCUAAGCGCCUAUGUAUAUCGUCUAACGAGGGUCUUCAUCGUAUUUCUACUGUACUCCAUCCUGAACAUUCCAAUCGCUCUAGUUCCCCAUCUGAUUCAAAAAAUGUAACAAACGAUGGAUCAAAAAGCGAUCUAUCCUCGUCAAAGUAUUUAUGGAUAAGCAAUCUCCCUCAAGGUGUUCGAGCAGUAGAUAUUAAAGAAAUGUGUGCACCAUACGGAAAAGUUCAAACAAUAAAAAUAGUAGGCAGUAAAAAGAGUAAACCCCCAUCUAUUUACGCUUAUCUCAUUAUGGAGACUUCGGAGGCCGCAGUCCGUCUUAUAAAAGCCUUACAAGGUGUGAGGUUCUCUGGAAAUGAAUUGAAGAUAAAACAAGGCGUGCAAUUCGGCAAGUCUGUCAUCGUAUAGCAGAACACCAUCCUCCUUAAUUGAGCAAAGGACAGGUGAGAGUGGUUAAGAGUUCUGUUCUCGCUCACUUGGUGGACACAACAUCAAGUUGACUUGAAUAAAGCUUUUGAGGUUAUGCACCAUAUCCAAUCUAAUUAACCACAUGAUUUACGAGUUCGUCUGUUACAUACUGCUGAAUCUAUCGGAAUCCAUGUUCGUAAAUCUUACCUUUGCAUCCAAAAGAAAUCUGUACAACCACUCUCGCUACCUUUUCCAUCGUCAAAGGAGCGAGUUUUUAGCCGAACUUGAAUUAAACACUUAUUUCAAAGAUCAACCCAAUCCGUUUACCAUAAAAAAUGUGUGAAUAGUCUACCAUGUAUAUUUUUGCUGUGCAUUUAUUUUAUAUUUUUCAAAUGAUGUCUAUUUUGCAGACUUAAAUUAAUUGUAUAUACUGUCCAAAACCAAUUGAAUCUUUUAAUCACUCUAUCGAAACUGGUCUUUUGUUUGUUGUCUAUAUGCACCUUGCGUUCACCAACCAUCCUCUUAGAGAGGACAAGCGGUAGGUGACUAGACUUUUGCUUUUCUUAAGCCGAAGUCCCGUAUAUCAAUGUGUCUGUAACAUAUGUCAACAAACAGUUAUCGCUAAAUUGACAUGGUUCUGGCUAAUAGGGGACCCUUGCUGAACAUAGCUUGUUGUUCAAGGUAAAAUAGACUCACUGCGAACAAAAAUUAUUUUACCUUUAUAUGACUUUCGAUAUUGGUCUGAUUUAUAAACUCUUGUUUCUAUCCAUAAACGUGAUGACUGUGACGACCACGUCUGCAAAGCACUAAGGGACUAGGGACUACUCAGAUACUGACGUCUAAGUUUCUUCAGUGCUCUGAUGCACGUAAACAGACAACUGAAAACCAGACAAUGUUUAUUAUGAUUGUGAAUUACGUGACCAAUAUGUAGAGCGGCUACGCUUCUGGAAACAAAAUUCCGGCUAUGUGACGCAUAAUAGGGAUUCAAUUCAAAUACAUCGGUUUUCACUACAUUAAUCGUAUUUUAUAUGUAGAAAUCGUUAUGCAAAAGCUGUUGCUAGUAAUUGUAAUACUGGACGCCGAGAUGGGAUGUAAUCUGUUGCCUAAAUAAUCAGAGAGGGAUGUAGCAAUUCAGCGUGGCGAAUUUUAUCCAAUAAUCUUGACCGAAAUGUACUUGACUUAAGCUGUACGGUGAUCGUAGCACGACAUUCCAGUUUAAAAAACCUUGCGAACUUAAAGGCUUUAUUGUAUAUAGUUUGUGGCAUUUUAUCCAGCCACUAAACACCCCAGAGUUAAUUAUCCCAUCGGUUACAUUGCAUUCAGGUACAUAGACACAACUGAUACUUGUUGUUGAACUAUAAUAUCUCAAUUCGACGGUGGCCAUUCGGAUCUAUCAACUCUCUAAUUAAUGCGAAUGAUGAGAUGGUGGACAUUUUGAUCGUUCUCCGGAACGACAUCACCACAAACUUCAGAUGAAGUGUUCGAAUUUCUCCACAUGUGGUUCACAGCUUGUCCUUUAAACCAAAAGAUGAAACGACAAAAGAACUCGUACCCUGUGGAAAUAUGAAAUUUAUUCUGACUCUAAGCACCUAAUUAUUUAUAUUUGAUUCAAAUCAGUCACGGUGGUGUACCAGUACUUGAGUCCGUUUUAGAGAUUUCAGUUGAUUGGAACUUGGAGUCCUCAUGGAUGAGAGCUGAAGACAACGGUCAAAAUGCUUGGGUUUGUUGUUUUGUCAUGGGCACGUCAUUGUCACUGUUAUUUGAGCUAGUAGAACUUUGCAUCUGGAAACGCGGUAUUACUUUUGGAAAAGAAGUCGCAUGACGGGAAAGGAUUUUUGGAUAAGAAACGGAUCCACAAGUUAGAUUGAUGUUGUAGUGGUGUCUAACUUAUUCUAGAGCUUUUAUGAAUUGGUUCUUCUUAGUUUAAGCUGCUUGUAUGCGUCGUCGUUUCUGAUCCACUUGUCUUCGUUUUGGUUGUGACGUUUUGGUUUCCGCACCUGAAGAUCCAAUUCUAAAAGAACCUGACUAGUCAGAGACAUUUAAGGACUGUUAAAUAUAAACGUUUCAAUGAUGAGGUCUUUCAUUAACUGCAAUAUUGCUAUUAUGAAUCGACAUAACCUCCGUGUGAAUUCUGAAAUUUAAUGGACACAAAAAUUCACAACGAUGUCAGGCUACCGUAAUUUCCUAGAUAACUGUUGACCUGAAGUAUUUGGUGUGUGCCACUGUUGUUGAUAGAUAUAUGUAGUAUGUAUCAUCAAUCGGAAGUGGAAUACCUGGAGACAGAAUGUUAAGAUCUAAGAAAAAAGAAUUGUUGGUGUGGAAAUGGAGGGGCAUCAGAGUAUGAGACGUCUUAUUGACAUUUUGUAAGUGAAUUGUCUGUAUGGUUCUCAAAUUUUACUAAUAUAUUCUUUAACUUCGUGUCCAAAUACAUGCGACCGUUCCCACUUGUGUCCUCGUUCACUGCUGUAUGACUUACGGUUGUCUGCUAGUACUGAAAACUGCCUUCAAAUUAGUGCAUACCUGUUCUUGUUUUCUUCGGUGACUUUUCUGUAUUUUGUUUCCCAUGUCGUGAAAAUACCCUUGUGUUGCGAUGCCAUACAGUUUAGCAAGUUUUUCGUUAACGAAUAAAGACAAGAACAUGACUUACUCGACUGCUAACGCACUAACAACACACAUAGACCCGGACGUGUAGGGUGACUCACCCAAUUAUGUCGAGCUAGUUUAUAAGAAUAUUUUAAUAACAUGCUUACUUGGUGUGAAAACAAAUAAACAUCGUAAUCUACGGGAAGUGAGUUAGUGGUUUCAUCUCUUCCAUGUACCAUUAUCAACCAGAAGCCCUUCAUUGUUUAGCUAUGACAUUCUAUCACAGUUGAUUGAUUCCCACUACAAUUAAUUUCAGUAUUGACUACUAUCAAUGCAAAAAAUCACUGCCGAAGUCAAAUACUGUUGAUCGCGCUUCCACUAACAAGUUGACUAAAAGAAAGCGAAUUGAAAAGUCCACGAGAAGGUAACGCUACUUAAUAAUUAUUGUAAGUCGAUUUGUCGACCGAGUUCGUGUUAAUGGUUUAAUUAAUUUUAUCAAUCAUAACACGUAACUGCCAAGAUAUGACAAUGCCUUAUCACGAUAUCUUGUUAUAGUGUUGUUUUGAAAUCAGCUAUUUUCAACGGUCAUUGUUAUUCUAAGUGAUUGUAAAAUACCAGAAAUUUGUUGUGUAAACUGAUCCGGCCGGACUGGUUAUAUUACGAGUUGUGACCCAGAAAUAUUUGUUAAUUUUGGUGGUAGGCUCCACAGCUUUAAUUUCGAUCGCCUGUUUGACUGACGAGUACUUAAUUUUUUAGUAAUUAUACCAGUGCAGUACGAUAUCUUAAUGCAGUUUCUUGAUUAUCCUGACUAUGGUAACCGUCUUUCUAGGAAACUAAUAUGACAGCCCAAUUUAUAAAGUUAAAUACAUAUAACAAUAACGAAUAUGAUGAGUUUAGUGAAAAAUGAUGUAGAUGAUUUAAGUAACUAUUAGAUUCAAAUGGUAUAGAGAUGACAUGAUGCAAUGCAUGUACAGAUCAGGCUAACAUGUAGGCUGGUGAGAAAUUUAACAAUUAAAAAGGAACUUGGCCAGGAAAAUCUUUAAAGCUGAGGUAUGAGUUGCGGAACUACAUUUAGGAAUAUGGCGGAUGAUAAUACAUAAAUUGUCUAUCCAUGUUUGCUAUUGGUUGAUGUUUUAACAAGUCCAUUUCAGUGAAGAAUUUAAAUUCUAUUAAGGCUUGUCAAUGAACUGUAAUAGCUUAACAUAAAUAUAGACAAUCACAUAUUAGUAUCGAUCGAGCUGGUAAGCUAUAAGUUCUAAUAAAUAUUACAGUACGAUAAUAUACAAGAGCAUUAAUCAAGAGGACGAUAGAGAAAUCGACUAACAUAAGUAUAAAUCAAUCAAUUAAAUUAAAGUGAAUAUGAGAAUCAAGAACAGGUUGUGUUUCUUUGGCCUGUCUCAACAAUGUAGAAUUAUGGUUUAAUUUAUUAUCAGUACUGCUAUAGUCACAGACCUAAUUUCGAAAUUGUAGAUUUGCCAUGAUGUGACUACCUGGUCUAUAGGAUCUUACGUCAAAGUCAUAUCAUUCGCUACACUGACUCAUCCUAUCGUAAUGUAACGUCUUACACUUCUGAAGUAUACAUUUGAGCUGGGAAGAGAGUAAUAUAUUUGACACGAAAACAAGAGGUUACAUCGGGCGUCCAAGCCUGAGUUAUCAAGCCAUGUCAUUUCGAUCAAUUUUUCACGCAUUCCUCAUUUGCUCAACUUUUCUCCUCGUUAAAUGUUGAGAGGUAAAAUACUAUAAAUAUAAAUGUGAUUACAUACAACGGAAUGCAAAGCAAAAUGUGGUUUUUAGUUUGUCAUCAAAAAUCAAUGAAUGCAUAUAUCACAAAAUACUCCAUAUUUCCUCCUUACACUUGUAGCGUGGCGUCGAGUUGAGGUUAACUAUGAACACCGCUACCAAGAAACACGUGCCAAGCGAAUCACAAGGCGAGGGUUGGACGUAACCAAAUAGAUCCAUAAAAUCCCCGAGAAGCCAAAUAUCAGAAGACAGUUAAUGGACCAAGUCGAGGUUUAUUAGCUGGCGAUCUCGUGGCAUCGAAAGGAUACCGAGAUCGUGCCAGGAUACAACCUUGGUUACAGAAGGUAACCGAAUUCGCGCGAAGUUACAGUCGAAGUGUGAGUAUAAGAAUG